AUGAAGCCGAACAACGACGGGGAGCCCCGCAAAAGGAGUAGGUUGACCAGGCAGGCGUGCGAUUCGUGCGCGAAAAAGAAGCGACAGUGUACAGGGGAUACGCCGUGCCAGCGUUGUAAACGGACGGGAGUUGAGUGCGUCUACUCUGUCAAAGCGAUUGUGCGGAAACGAUCUAGAGACGGCGGUGAGGGUGGCAAGAAGGUUUCAUCGAGAACAAAAUCGGCGCCGCCGGCGUCGCCAUCGCCAGCAUCGUCGACCACGACUUUUGCUUCGGCAACGGCCUUGCCUGGGCCGGCGACCCAAGUCUCGUGUGGAACGGGACUGGGUGGGUUGGACGAGAGUCGCUACCUGUCCAUCUUCUUGGUGGAGUGUUGCCCAAUGUACCCUUGCGCAGACGAUGCGUCAAUUCGCGACGGCCUCAUGCACGAGUUCGUGGGGCUCGCCAACCGCGACUCGCAGGAGGCUCUCCAGGGAGCGGAGGCGAUGAGAGGGCAGGCGCUGUCCUGCUCCCUCUUCUCGUGCGUCGCUCUGGGCGGCCUGAUCAGCGGGUGCCCCCCCGCCGCCGUCGCCCCGCACAUGACCACAGCGCGAGCCUGCGUCGCCAAGUUCGGCGGCCUCUCGGACCGCUACGCGGUGUCGGCGCUCAUCCUGUACGCCAUGGCGAGCGAGUACGUCGGAGGGCAGGGCCCCGGGACGGAGUACGCCAAGGGGAUGGAGGCCGCCAGGGCGAUCUUUGAGGGCCUCCCCGCCAAGGACAAGGACCCUGUGCUGUCGGCGGUGCUGGCGCACUUUAUGGUCCUCGAGGGCUUGCCGCUGCUGCGGCUCGUAGAGACGAACGCUCCCACGACUAACGCCGCCAAUAGGUGCAACAGCGGCGGCGUCGGAGAGGGGAUGGGGGGCGCCCCGGUCGGCUGGAGCACGGGCGGCAGCAACCGAACUCCUCCGGGCAGUGGAGGUGUUCAUCAUGGCGGCG